CGCCGUCUCUGGUCCUCCAACACCCAUUUCACUGCGCCGUCUCUUCUUCGACACCCUAGUCUGAUUCACUCACCUCGAGAGGUUAACAAUAUGUCAAAAUCCUCUUCGUCUCGUCGUUCACGUGGCAGUCGCAGCUCACUUCUAGAUAAGCAAGUGACAGGGACAACAACCUUGACUCUUAUUGGUGAAGAAGUGAUAUAUGUGGUCACUGACGAGAGGUCUAGUACCGAGCCACCUCCUUACAUGAUAUUGAACGAUAAUGCCUCAAAAACUUACGCUAUUUCAACAAAUGUGUUGGCUACAAUAGCUGGAAAUCCGGAUCUUUGUUCGACCAUGCUGGCACAUGUAAAAGCGACAGUCAGUCAAGAAUUAGUUUCUGAUCAACUUGAUAGCAACAAUGUUGUGCAUAUUGCAGCAAAUUAUGUCCAUGAAUGUGUCACUGUAUGGGAGCGUGAUAACCCAAACAUGCACUUCCCGUCUGCAACACAAAUAGUUGGUUGGUGCAAUGGUGAACCUUCAGUAUAUGGCAUUCAAUGUGCUAACCCACCACAGGUGACACAUGAGCACGGAAGUGGAUUUGUCCAUGGAUCCGGUGAGAAAUCUGUUCAAGAUUACUAUAAGAAAGAGGACCCAAUGCCAUACAAGCGCGGCCGUCCACGUAGAUCAGAUAUUGAACUUGCCCAAAUUGGAAAAAGAGCAGUAGUGUUUUCAGCGUUGAAUGAGCGUUAUACUGGUGGAAGAGUGUGUUCAGUGGAGGUGAGACCAGAUAUGAUUCAUGAAUCAGGUUCAGAAGAGAUUCUCAAGGUACUACAUGAUGAUUAUGACUACUUUAAAACCUACUUAUCACAUUUUCUUUUCUGUCUUUACCGCAAGAGUGAUUUUGAAUAUACGAUCGACACUGAGGCAAUGUUGAGUCAAGUAAUCCACACUCGAUUCACUUCUGGGAUUCAAAGGUCUCAUGUUAUUCAAAUCAAAGAAAAAUAUUUUAUCCGCAUCUUACAAUUUCCGGAUGGAGAAGUUGCUAAAGAAGAAUUUCAGGCUGUAAAGUCAGAGUGGAAACAACAGCUGGGCUACGGGCAUACCCAAGAUGUUGAUGUGCAUCCCCAUAUUCGUUCAUUGCCGUGGAUCGAGCUUCAUCAAUUGCAGGGUGCUCCACUUGUCUUUGCUAUGGCCACAAAAAAGUAUAUUAGUCUUUUUCUUGAUCUUUAAGGAUUUUAGGAGAGGUCAUUGAUGUUGUUAUUAACAUGAGACUUUUGGCACUACACCACUAUGUUGUUGUACAAUCCCACUUACCUAAAAGUGCUCCAAAUUGAUGUCUAUUCUGGCAUCAUUCUAAAUUAAAUAUAAUGUGAUUGUGUAUCUACAUGUGUACAUACUGACAAUAUUUUCUGUUUAGGG